AUGGCCGCAGCUGAGAAAGAGAGCGCAUCCAGCACGGACCCGGAGAUGGACGAGCUUCUGGAAAGUGCCCUUGAUGAUUUCGAUAAAGCCAAACCCUCCCCAGCAUCCCCUCCUACCACCAAGGCCCCAGAUGCUUCAGCUUCCCAGAAGAGAUCGCCUGCAGACACAGCUAAAGAUGCCCUCUUUGCCUCCCAAGAGUUCUUCCAAGAACUGUUUGACAGUGAGCUAGCAUGCCAAGCCACUGCAGAAUUUGAGAAGGCUAUGAAGGAGCUGGCUGAGGAGGAACCCCACCUGGUAGAGCAGUUCCAGAAGCUCUCUGAGGCAGCAGGGAGAGUGGGCAGUGAUACAGCAUCCCAACAAGUGUUUGCUUCCUGCCUGAAGGAAACACUCAGUGGACUAGCAAAAAAUGCCACUGACCUUCAGAACUCCAGCAUGUCUGAAGAGGAGCUGACCAAGGCCAUGGAAGGGCUGGGCACAGAAGAAGGGGAAGGGGAAGGAGAAGGCAAUAUACUCCCCAUUAUGCAGAGCAUUAUGCAGAACCUAUUAUCCAAGGAUAUACUAUAUCCGUCACUGAAAGAAAUCACAGAGAAAUAUCCAGAGUGGUUACAGAGCCACCGUGAAGCACUGCCUCCAGAACAAUUUGAGAAGUAUCAGGAACAGCACAAUGUCAUGGGCAAGAUUUGUGAGCAGUUUGAAAAAGAGACGGCGGCCAAUAGUGAGGACAUACAGAAAGCCCGAUUUGAGAUGGUGCUAGAUCUCAUGCAGCAGCUUCAAGAUUUGGGCCAUCCCCCAAAGGAACUUGCGGGGGAAACGCCCCCUGGCUUCAACUUUGACCUUGACACCUUGAAUUUGUCUGGCCCUCCAAGUGCCAGUGGUGAGCAGUGUCUGAUCAUGUGAAUUUCUUCAUCCUUCCCUUCCCAUCCUCGGCCAUGAGCGAACACCUGAAGUCAGCAGAGCCAUUGGGGUCUGGGAAGGGUGAUAAGGCUGUGGAGGAACUGCCUGCCUGUCCCACUUGUCUCCUGUCCCCUUCUAGUUCCCUUCCCUAGCUGUCAUCCUAAGACUACUCCACACCAGCAUGGGUCCCUCUGUAGCCAUUGAGGCUGUUAUUUCUGGGAAAGGGACCUAUUCAAGUUCCUCUCAUUGAGUCAUUCUCCCCAUUCUUCGCCCCCCCCUUCUCUGCUGCUAGUGAAGGUACUUAUCUUUACCUGCUUAAGGUAUAGGAGGGGGUACCCUUUAUGGACCAUGUUUCCUUGCCCCUGCCCCCUUUCCUACACCUAGCCAUAACAUUGUGUGUACCUGUUGUGUAUACCUGCACUGAUGCUUC